AUGGGGCCUCGAGGUGCGCAUCUCCUGGCAGUGGUCCUCAUCUUAGGGCUGUAUGCUCUGGUGGAAGCCCAGAAACCUUCCCCAUGCCGGUGCUCUAGGCUGGCAAUCUACAACAGGGAGGACUGUGGCUUCCCUGGCAUCACCAGCGACCAGUGCUACGACAUGGGAUGCUGCUUUAACUCCAGCGUCGCUGGGGUCCCCUGGUGUUUCCACCCACUUCCAAACCAAGCAUCUGAGCAGUGUGUCAUGGAAGUGACUGCCCGAAAGAAUUGUGCAUACCCGCACAUCAUGCCCGAUGAAUGUACCUCACGACGAAACUGCUGCUUCUCCGAAGCAUUCCCUAGCCUGCCCUGGUGCUACUUCCCAAAGUCUGUGGAAGGUAAAAAUGGCUGCAGACUGUCAUUACUGAGAGGUACCACAGCCGAGCCUCAGGCUCCCGGGAGCUGCAAGCCAGAAGAGGAAAACCUCAACCAGACUCCACCAACUUCUGGGUUUUCUUGGACUGUCAUGCCCCACCGCGGUAGCUAG